AUGCCUCAGGAAGACACAGUGAUGAUAGAAGACGAUUGGCCGCCUCUGAUCCCACCUCACCUCUCCGACCAAUCAUCUUCCAGCUCCCACGAGGACCUGGGCCUCAUCGGAGAGGUCUCAGGAAAAUGGAUCCACGACCUGCCGGACCAGGGCGAGUGUGUCGACCUGGUUCACGCUCAGCUGCGUGUGUGCGAGGGCCGCAGUCUGCCGGAGCUGGGGCUGAAGCAGGAGAAGAUCCGAGUGAAUGGCUGUGCCAUCCAGUGCCGCGUGACUACCGAGGAUCCUGCUCGAGGGUUUCAGCCAGACACCGGGAGGAUCGAGGUAGGGUCACUCUGCGGGGUCCUCUCAUGA